AUGUUUCGCAAAAGUCUAGUCGCUUUCAGUGCAUUCACCAAAGCAUGCGGUUCGGCGCAUUACAGAAGUUUGUAUUCCGCAUCGGCCCUUGGCAUUGAAGGGUAUGAGGCAUACCGGGAGAAAACCCGCACCCAGCAUCUGCACAAUGUCGACAACUUCAAACGCAAAAUGCGUGACUUUGUGUCCGGCUCGUCCACGAAUAUGAUCUUUACGGAGGAUUUGAAAAACAUUAUCCAUUUGAUUGACAACACGCCGGAAGAUAAGCAGCUGCUGAAGGACACGGUCCUGCGGUACAACCAGCAGGGCAAAGAGCUACGGUUCGGUAACUAUGUGUUCGGUCCGGUCAUUAUGCGCGCCUGCCACCAUCUGGGCGAUGCGGAUUUGGCGCUGGAUCUGUUCAAAAGUGCCGGUGCGGAUGGAUUUUUCGAACAGCUUACCAGUUAUCAAAUAUUGGGCGAUAUGCUGUACGAGAAGGGGCGCUACCAGGACGUACGGGAACUGUUCGAUUCGAUCAAAAGCCAACAGAUACAGGGAGGGCGUUUUCCAAAGCACUGCAUCACGCUUACGUUUGCCGCCUGUUACAAGGAAAACACGGCCGACUCGUUUAAGUAUGCCAUGGAUCUGUGGAAGGAGCUGAAUUCUGUUGGUCAUGUGCCGAUGCGAAAGGCGGCUGCGUUUGCCGCGGCACUUGCACUAAACAACGGUCGACCAGAGAUCGCCAUCGAGAUUCUGGGCACUAUUGCGAAGGGUAACUAUGUGACCGUGCGACAGUUGAAAACGUUGUCCCUGUGCGCACUGAACCGGCUGGAAGAUGUGGUACAGAUCUUCCGCUCGGUGUUGGAAGUGAAGGGACCUUUCGAUAAGCAGCAGACCUUCUGCCGGGAGGUUAUCCUGAAGGUACAGGAAACGGUUAAAGAGGCAAAAGCGACAAACUCUUCCAGCACGACGUUGCAAGACCUGGAACGGAUGCUGGAAUAUCUUGAAACGAAUGGACAAAUCGUGAACGAAAAGCUAGACAGCAUACUUUGCUCGGAGAUUGUAUCGACGGCACAGCGUAAUGACAAUAAGAGCAACCUUGCCUACAGUUACACCACACGGGGUGGUCGAAUGCAGGAACAGCGAAACUUUCGACCGACCAAAAAGUAUCAACAAACGAGACCGGGUCUGUCGGAUAUGAACUAG